GACUCUAUUACCCUUUUCUCAUUUCUCUGUUUCUCUCUCCUCUUACUGUCUGCUUCUCUCUCUAACUGUGCGCAAAAACCCAGAAAAAAAAUCAUGGAUGAAGAAAUGGAAAUGGAGGAGGAGAUAAUUCAAGUUUAUGAGGUUUUUGAGAUUGAUUUCGAUUACGAGUUCGACGCGACUCGGUUCUUUGAUUUCACUCGCCCUGAGUCGGAAGCUGAGUCGCGAUUCUCCGAGUCGUGGUUUGGUAAAGCUCCUAGUUAUCCUCCUUCUCCUUUUAUUGCUCAACUAAAUGGUUUGAACUCCCCGCGCGUGGAUGUGUCCCCCAUGUCUAAAUAUAAUGACAGAUUGUCGAUGGAUGACGGUGAUGCUGAUAUUGAUGAGCACACGAAGUAUUGCAAUCAAGAUGAGGCACGCAGAGAAGACAGUAGCCAGGCUUUGUCGAAAACAAUUUGUGAUAAAGGUUUCCCAAAUUCCCAAAACCAAGCCAAAUGUUUUCAAGGAGGUUCCUCUACAGGUUUUACUUUCUUUAAUCACUUGGCCUAUGAUGUUAAGAAAACAAAACCAAAACCGUUUGCUAAGCCAUAUACGCGAAAGACCUCGACUUUAAUGAAGCCUACCGCGAGUCAGUUGGCGAGGCAAAAUCAACAACAUCAAGCUUCUGGCACUUUAAGAUUGCAGAAAAAUGACGUCAUUUCAGGUGCUCAUUCUGGGAUUGAAAGUCAGGCUUCAAAGAGGCAAAAGCUAGAUGGGGGUCUCCGUAGGAUUGUCGAUAUGAAGACACCGGUCAAUCUAACUCACAAGCAGCCCAAGAAGGAUGCUGCUGUGCAUGGCAUGAAUACACAUACUAAGCUUAGAAUUACAAUUCCAAGGGAGCCAGACUUUGCAACUGCGCAUAGGGCAGAGAGGUUUAGAUCUACAAGUACUAAAGAAAUGGAAAAUCCUACAGCAACCACAUGCAGAUUUAAAGCAAGACCGUUUACCAGAAAGAUUCUUGAGGCUCCUGUGCCCUCUUUCCCCAGGAGAAUCACACAACAUUUGCCAGAUCUUAAAGCCUCUCACCUUAAAUCAACUGGACGGACAAACCAGCAUACCUCCACUUCUGUAUCGGCGCCAGUUUGUCAAAAUGACAAGGUUUUGACCAAAGUUCAGGCUGAUAGCUCUCUGGAAACUGGAAAUAACGAUGGAAAUAGGAGUGACUCUGUGGAUGUCCCAAAAGUGGCUGCACGCCAAGUUGUACAUAGUUUCAAAGCUCGGCCUCUUGAUAGGAAGAUAUUGACAAGUAGAGGAGACCUAGGUGUUUUCAGAAAUAAUAAGCGUGAUGUUACAGUUCCUAAGGAGUUUGAGUUUCAUACAGCAAAGAGGACUCAGCCAAAUCUCCCAACAGAGCUUUUCAGCAAGCUCUCACUUGCUGGUGAACCCCGUCCAAAAAACUGUGCACAAAUUGACGUACCCCAAAGAACAUCAAUUCCUGCAAAGGGAUCAAAAGAAAACAGAUGGGAACCUUGUCAAAAGAAUAAUCAAAAUAUAACCCAUCAGGCAAAAGGAAAACAAGACACUCAUAAUGGAAAGGACAGAUUAACUGUUACUAAUAGAAGGAUUGGUGAAGUCAAUCCUCGAAAUGGCACGAGCAGGACUUUAGGUAGCUGCAGACAACAACAUUAGCACAUACUUUCCAUCUUAGAAUAGUCCUAAGAUCCAAGAUGUAUAGAUGCCUGUAGAUGAAGUUUAUACCAGAACCGAGGAAUCGGUUUCACAACAACAGAUGCAGGAAAAAGGUUUAGCCUUUCGAGUUCCUACACUAAAUUUAACCAUGCUUUGUACAGAAUUGUGCACCUCCUCUUUUCCCUACAGCCAUAGAUUAUUAAUCCAAUACUUGUUUAUUAGGAGGUGAUACAGUAAUGUACUUAAACAAAAGGAACAAAUUAAUUCUCAUCAAGGAAAAUUUAUGCUUAUAA